CGUUUUACCACUGGGCUACGUCCCGCUCCACAAAUGAGUGCAGAUGAGUUUCAUAAAGUUUUAAUAAUGUCGAUAGUAUACAUGUUCAAAAGGAUCGCAAAAAAAAGAGAGUUAAAGUUAAAAGAGUUAAUAGAGUACAUUGAUUUAUAGACAGGAUAGUAAACACCACGGCCUUUGAUAUACCAGUCAUAGUACACUGGCUGGAAAGAGCAAUAACUUAAUGGGCCCACCGAGGGGGAUCGAUCCUAGACCGACCACGCAUCAGGCGAUCGCUUUACCACUAGGCUACGUCCCGCAUACCAGCACAUAUUAUGUGCGCAGUUGUCAUGUCUACGGCUAAGAGCACGGAUACCGCAUGCCAUUGAAUAAACCAAGCACGCGGAAAUCCUCAAGCUAUUUCUGGACGCGGUUAAAAAAAAAAAAAAAAAAAAAAAAAAAACGGCUUUGGCUUACGUACUUGAUACGGACCGGAUACGUGUGCUAGCCUGACCUAGCUUCCGUGUAAAUUUCCGCACGAUAUUUUCGGAAGAUUAUUGACAAAUGGCUCCUCAGUCGACUGUCGAUAACGAAAAACUGAUCGAGCUGGUUAGGAGAAACACGUGUAUUUACGACCAUGCACACCCGCAGCACAAGGAUGUCAUCAAGAUUGCUGACGUUUGGGCUUCGAUUGCCGCAGUCAUGGAGAAAGGUGACGGCAACGACUGGAAAUCACGAUGGAGAUAUCUGCGAGACAAUUUUGUAAAGAAGCGUAAAGAAAUGAAGACGGCGGAGAAUGGACAGUGCGCAAAACCGUCCAAGAAAUGGCAGUUCUAUGACCAAAUGUCAUUUCUCAGUUCAUACCUGAAAGAAAACAGGUCCAUAAUCUUUACUUCUCACAGUACCGAAACCAACGUUCCACCUAUAGAAUCAUCUGAAGCUAGUGAUACUGAAUAUACUGACAGCUUAAUAUCGAUAAAGGAAGAAGAUGGUAUUUCUGAACGUAGUAAUGGUAUGUUUUUCAACCCCAACACUCCAUCAUACACACCCAUCCCAACUUCAGCGCCUAUGACGCCCAACCUUAACAGGAAAAGACGAUACGAAGAGGAGGAGACAUGCAACAUGGGAAGGGUGUGGACUAGCUUUAUCGAAGAUUCUCACAAACGCCGUGUUGAGCAACGUAAUGUGGAGAGAAGUGCUGAAGAUCUCCUGUUUGAAAACUAUGCCAUCCGAAUGAAGCGGCUGCCGAAAGCGACCCAGUCUCUCGUGCAAUUGCAGUUGUCACAGAUAUUUUUUAAUGCUGAAAACCCGGACAUACCUGACAUUCCUGUGACGACGCUACGUCAUGACAACACCGUACAUCAACAACACGGGACAAUGUAUGACCAACAGCAUUCUCAAUAUGAAACUGGUGAAUUAACUGAAACCAAAAAUAACGCAAUAAACUGAUAUUUAUAUUUAAAAA